AUGUCAAGAUUUUGGAGAAGCAAACAACUCGUAUCAUUAUGCACGGAAGAUCAACAGCUCUCGAUAAGUCGAUUUGCUACAGAUCUUGAAGAAGAAUCUUCUUUUCUAUUUCCUUCGGCUACAACUUCACAAACGGCCAGUGAAUAUCAACAUACAGAAAUCAACAUGGAUACGAUUUCGGAAAUUACAAGGAGCAUUAUCACAACGAGCGAGGGAAUAACUACGAUUAUCACAGCAACAAGUCAAACAUUAACUUAUACAACAGCUGCUGCUAGUAUUGGUUCUGACUCUUGCUUAGAAAGACAAUACACUUCCGUGCUAAUAAAUAAUGCCACCUUAGAUCACUAUCCAAUGCUACAAUUAAGCGAGCAAUCUGGUUUAUUUGAGCCUGUAAUUUUCGAAAAGGAAAAUAUUUCACAUAAUAUCAAUGAGGAAAACGAAGUUGUUAUAAGUGAGACCAAAAAAAGAAAAAAAAAUCAAUUGUUGAGACUGUUGGGAAAGAACUAUACAGGCCAUAAGAUUGUUAAAGUUGACGAGAGUUUUAAAUUAGAAGAAGUUAUGAAAACAAGUAGAAAAAUGAGGGAUAAACCUUGUAACCAUCAUCAUUACAGCCCUUCACAGGUCCACUGCUGA